UAGUUGUUAGUCGUAGUUUAAAUCCGGCCCUCUCCCUCUUCUCCCCAUGAAAGUAAAUUCAAAAUCACGUCGACAUUUCUCUGCAUUCAGUUAGAUCUCCACCUUAGACCGAGGCAGACGCCCAAACUGGAAGUUAGUCACCGAAGAAGAAAGUAGUAUACCGUGAAAGAACUAAAUUUCCAAGAUCUGCCCAUAAGACUGGCUAUCAUUUCCAUUGAUUGAAUCUCAAUUAAAAAAAAAGAGCAAUGGCAGAACUUUUAUAUGAAAAUCGUGUUGAGCAUAUUUAUAUGCUCCUGUGGGAUUUAUUAGUGUUCUAUAUUAAAUCAUUUGUGUACAUCUGUGAAGCAUUUUUCUUGAGUAUCACACCGACAAAAUUCAGAAAUCUAAAGGAUGUGCGAAACCAAGUUGUUUUAAUAACUGGAGGGGGAGGAGGUGUUGGCAAAUUGUUGGCGCUCAAUUUUGCAAGACUUCAAUCCCGAGUAGUCAUUUGGGACAUCAAUCAGGAAGCAAUUAAUGCAACGAUCGAUCUUGUUGAGUCAGAAGGAUAUACCUGCAAAGGAUAUGUCGUGGAUCUGGCUAAUAGGGAAAAAGUCAUGGAAACUAUGAAGGUAGUCAGGGAAGAUGUUGGCAAUGUUAAAAUCCUCAUAAACAACGCCGGUACGGUCUGCUGCAAACCGCUGUGGGACCUUCCUGAGAAGGUCAUUGAAAACACCUACGCAGUGAACAUCUUGUCUCACUACUGGACCGUAAAGAGCUGUCUAGACGAUAUGAUUGAAAGUGGCGGACACAUUGUAACGGUUGCAUCGGUUGCUGGAAUGUUGGGCACCUACGGAUGCACCGAUUACAGCGCUACAAAGUUCGCAUGCAUUGGCUUUCACGAGGCUCUCUACACCGAAUUGAGGACACAUGGUCAUGACAACGUGAACAUGACCCUUGUUUGUCCCUACUACAUCAACACUGCAAUGUUUGCCGGAGUUCGACCACGUUUGUUCCCAAUGUUGGAACCCCAAGUUGUUGCAGAUUCUAUUGUAUCAUCUGUGAGGAAAAAUGAGGUUAACUGUGUCCUUCCGGACAGCGUAAGAAUCCUGAUGCCUCUAAAGCACUGGCUACCGUCUAAAGUUUGCUGGGAACUUAUGGCUAGGGUCAUGAAAGGUCCGAACUCAAUGAUGCUCUUCAAAGGACGCGGACGAGUUGCGGCUGGAUAAAUUGUUUACUUUUUUUUAUUUUUUUGUAAAAUCCACUCAUACAAAUUUUAUAAAGUAUUUUUUUCCACA